GGGCGGGAUCGCGUGUGUUUACAUCCGGCCGGGGCGCGUCGCCGCCGCCGCCGCUGCAGCCACCGACGCCUGAGGUCGUUCGGCCCGGGUCCGAGCUGCCCGCAUCAUGGACACCAGCGACCUCUUCGCCAGCUGCAGAAAGGGGGAUGUGGGCCGAGUGCGGUACCUGCUGGAGCAACGGGACGUGGAGGUGAAUGUGCGGGACAAGUGGGACAGCACCCCUUUGUACUAUGCCUGCCUGUGUGGGCACGAGGAGCUAGUACUCUAUCUUCUGGCCAAUGGAGCCCGCUGUGAGGCCAACACCUUUGAUGGGGAACGCUGCCUCUAUGGAGCACUGAGUGACCCCAUUCGCCGGGCCCUGCGUGACUAUAAGCAGGUGACAGCCUCCUGCAGGAGGCGGGACUACUACGACGACUUCCUGCAGCGGCUUCUGGAGCAAGGCAUCCAUAGCGAUGUGGUUUUUGUUGUGCACGGGAAGCCCUUCCGGGCACAUCGCUGUGUCCUGGGCGUGCGCAGUGCCUACUUUGCCAACAUGCUGGACACCAAAUGGAAGGGCAAGAACGUCGUGGUCCUGAGGCACCCACUGAUCAACCCCAUGGCCUUUGGGGCCCUGCUGCAAUACCUCUACACAGGCCGCCUGGACAUUGGUGUGGAACAUGUUAGCGACUGUGAGCGCCUGGCCAAGCAGUGCCAGCUCUGGGACCUGCUCAGUGACCUGGAGGCCAAGUGCGAGAAGGUGUCCGAGUUUGUGGCAUCCAAGCCAGGCACAUGUGUGAAGGUGCUGACUAUCGAGCCCCCCCCAGCAGACCCCCGGCUCCGGGAGGACAUGGCCCUGCUGGCCGACUGCGCCCUGCCCCUUGAGCUCCGUGGUGAUCUCGGGGAGCUGCCCUUCCCUUGCCCUGACGGCUUCAACAGCUGUCCCGAUGUCUGCUUCCGGGUGGAAGGUUGCAGCUUUCUCUGCCACAAGGCCUUCUUCUGCGGCCGCAGUGACUACUUCCGGGCCCUGCUGGAUGACCACUUCCGAGAGAACGAGGAGUUGGAGGCCUCAGGUGGCCUCCCAGCCAUCACCCUCCACGGCAUCUCGCCCGACAUCUUCACGCACGUGCUCUACUACAUCUACAGCGACCACACAGAGCUGCCCCCCGAGGCGGCCUAUGAUGUGCUGAGCGUCGCUGACAUGUACCUGCUGCCGGGCCUGAAGCGGCUGUGUGGCCGCAGUCUGGCCCAGCUGCUGGAUGAGGACAGCGUGGUAGGCGUGUGGCGUGUGGCCAAGCUGUUCCGCUUGGCGCGCCUUGAGGACCAGUGCACAGAGUACAUGGCCAAGGUCAUCGAGAAGCUGGUGGAGCGGGAAGACUUCGUGGAUGCCGUGCGGGAGGAGGCGGCAGCCGUGGCUUCCCGGCAGGAGACAGACUCCAUCCCACUGGUGGACGACAUCCGUUUCCACGUGGCUAGCACUGUGCAGACCUACAGCGCCAUUGAGGAGGCCCAGCAGCGGCUACGGGCACUGGAGGACCUGCUGGUGUCCAUCGGCCUGGACUGCUGACUGUCCGCACAUGGCAUGGGCACACACAUGCAUGCGUGUGCACAUUUGCAGCUCGUCUUUCUGUUCCUUGCACCCUUGAGGGCAUCGUGGUGGGCUGAGGGGGCUCCGUGGGGUACCCCUCUACCCACGUGCCUGGGAGCCCCAGGGGAGGGUCAGGGUGAGCUCCCCUCCCCCAACACAAGCCAGCCCCCAAGGCCCUGGGGCUGGGCACUGCUCAGGGAAACCUGGGGUAGGGGUCUCUUUGGGCCUCCCUCCCCUGGAACCCCUCCACACCCCCUCUCUCCUGGCCCUGGCUUGUUUGCUUCCAAGCCAAGCCAGCAAGCAGGCUUCCCUGAGGUGCAGAGUUGGCCCACAGGGAGCAAAAAAGACUGUGUGUGGCAAUAAAGCUUGAUUCACUGUG